GUAUAUUAUCGGCACUUCCUCUGGGGCGAGUAAAUAAACUCUCUGGUAUCGUUCUCUUUUGCAAUUCUCGCCCAGUAUGGCGCAAAGAGCUACAGCUACCCCUCCUCAGAAUGGCCCUAACCCGAUUGUAUUUUUUGACCUAUCCCUAGGAGGUGAACCCCUGGGGCGUAUCAAAAUGGAACUGUUCGCAAAUGUCACCCCACGAACGGCGGAAAAUUUCCGCCAGUUUUGCACGGGCGAAAGCAAAGACGCCCGCGGAAGACCUCAGGGCUACAAAGGGAGCAAAUUCCACCGCGUGAUUAAAGACUUUAUGAUUCAAGGCGGAGACUUUUUGAACGGCGACGGGACGGGCAGAAUAUGCAUUUACGGCACUGCUACGUUUCCGGAUGAAAAUUUCAAUUUAACCCAUGAUAGGCCGGGAUUACUUAGCAUGGCGAACUCUGGGCCAAAUACGAAUGGCUGCCAAUUUUUUAUCACUACAGUUGCAACUCCGUUCUUGAAUAACAAGCACGUUGUGUUUGGUCGGGUUAUUGAGGGAAUGGAGAUUGUGAAAAUGGUAGAAAACACUAGAACGACACGAGACAAGCCAAAUCAGGAUGUUGUCAUUGCGCAGUGUGGGGAAAUGUGAACCAGAUCUUUAUGAACGCAAGAUCAUUUCGAAUUCAAGAGAAGCACGCCCUUACGAGAGGCCAUCCGGUGACUGGUUCCGCAUUAUCUGAAAUGUAUUCGGCCCUAAUCGGCCAAAAUGGUCCGCGACAAAGUCCUGUUGCUGCAUGGACGGCUCGAUAUUACAAGGUCUUCUAUGUAAUUAGAACAUGAAAGCAGAAUACAAGCGUAGAUUGAGAGACUUGAUGUACUUUAUAG